UGAGCUCUUAUACCCGCGCGUCAUCUUCUAGCGUCACAUCUUUGUCAGUGAACAAAAUGGCAACCUACUGCUUAACCGUUGCCCGGCUUCAGCUUGUUUUGGGUCAGGGUGCCCGACGCUUUCAUGUGGCGGCGUCUCUCAAUGCAAAGGCCAAGGUGGCUAUGAGCCGCUUUGAGCCAAACUCUUCCAUCAACUAUGACAAGCUUCGCUCAAAUAUUGACAUUGUGCGCAAAAGACUCAACCGGCCACUCACUCUGUCAGAAAAAAUCGUCUAUGGCCAUCUGGAUAACCCGGCUGGACAGGAAAUCGUUCGAGGACGCACAUACUUGCGUCUGAGACCCGAUCGAGUUGCUAUGCAAGAUGCAACAGCACAAAUGGCCAUGCUGCAGUUCAUCAGCAGUGGACUUCCAAAAGUGGCAGUGCCAUCCACUAUCCACUGUGACCAUCUUAUCGAGGCCCAGACCGGAGGAGCCCAAGAUCUACAGAGGGCAAAGGAAAUUAAUCAAGAGGUUUACAACUUUCUCGCCAGUGCUGGGGCUAAAUAUGGUGUUGGCUUUUGGAAACCAGGCUCUGGGAUCAUCCAUCAGAUUAUCUUGGAGAACUACGCGUACCCUGGAGUGAUGUUGAUUGGUACAGACUCUCACACCCCUAAUGGUGGUGGUCUGGGCUGCAUCUGCAUUGGAGUUGGUGGAGCUGAUGCUGUUGAUGUCAUGGCAGGAAUCCCCUGGGAGCUGAAGUGUCCAAACGUCAUCGGUGUGAAAUUGACAGGCACAUUAUCUGGCUGGACCUCACCAAAGGAUGUCAUCCUUAAAGUGGCUGGUAUUUUGACAGUGAAGGGUGGCACUGGUGCCAUUGUGGAGUACCACGGCCCUGGUGUGGACUCUAUCUCCUGCACAGGAAUGGCCACCAUCUGUAAUAUGGGUGCUGAAAUUGGAGCUACAACUUCUGUAUUCCCUUACAACCACCGAAUGAGGACAUACUUGGAGAAGACGGGUCGUGGAGAAAUUGCUGCUCAAGCAAAUGAGAACCAAGAUCUGCUGGUACCUGACUCGGGUUGUCAUUAUGACCAGAUAAUUGAGAUUAAUCUAAGUGAGCUGAAGCCUCACAUCAAUGGCCCAUUUACUCCUGACCUGGCCCACCCUGUUUCAGACAUCGGCUCUGUUGCUGAGAAGAAUGGCUGGCCCCUGGACGUUAAAGUUGGUCUGAUUGGAAGCUGUACCAACUCCAGUUAUGAGGACAUGGGCAGAGCUGCCUCCUUAGCCAAACAAGCACUUGACAAAGGACUCAAAUGCAAAGCCCAGUUCACAGUCACCCCUGGGUCUGAGCAGAUUCGUGCCACAAUUGAGCGAGAUGGCUAUGCAAAACUGUUGAGGGAUGUCGGUGGAGUUGUCCUGGCUAACGCCUGUGGACCCUGCAUCGGUCAGUGGGACAGACGUGAUGUUAAGAAGGGAGAAAAGAACACAAUUGUUACAUCAUUCAACAGAAAUUUUACAGCCAGAAACGACGCUAACCCUGCCACUCAUGCUUUUGUCACUUCCCCAGAGAUUGUCACAGCCCUUGCCAUCGCAGGCACACUGAAGUUCAACCCUGAGACUGACUUCCUCACAGCCCCCAACGGAGAAAAGUUUAAACUGGUGCCGCCCACAGGAGAUGAGCUUCCUGCCUGUGAUUUUGACCCAGGUCAGGACACCUACCAGCACCCACCAGCUGAUGGGUCUGGCCUGAGAGUAGAUGUCAACCCUCAGAGCAACCGUCUGCAGCUGCUUGAGCCUUUUGACAGAUGGAAUGGAAACGACCUUGAGGACCUCCAAGUGCUCAUCAAGGUGAAAGGAAAGUGCACCACCGACCACAUCAGCGCUGCCGGACCUUGGCUGAAGUUCCGUGGCCACCUUGAUAAUAUUUCCAAUAACCUGCUCAUUGGUGCAGUUAAUACUGAGAACGAUGCUGUCAAUAAAAUUCGCAACCAUCUGACUGGAGAGUUUGGUGGUGUCCCUGAUGUUGCCCGCUAUUACAAAAAGCACAAUGUUUCAUGGGUAGUUGGGGGAGAUGAGAACUAUGGUGAGGGUUCCAGCAGAGAGCACGCUGCUCUGGAGCCCAGACAUUUAGGAGGGAGGGCCAUUAUUGUGAAGAGCUUUGCUAGAAUCCAUGAAACUAAUUUGAAGAAACAGGGCCUGCUGCCCCUCACCUUCUCCAACCCCGCUGAUUAUGACAAAAUCCGCCCAGAUGAUAAAAUCUCCAUUGUAGGGCUUAAGAGCUUUGCCCCUGGAAAGCCCCUCAAGGCCGUCAUCAAGCACAGUGAUGGAAGCUCAGAAACCAUUGAGCUGAACCACACCUUCAACGAAACCCAGAGCGAAUGGUUCCAGGCUGGCUCCGCCCUCAACAGAAUGAAGGAGCUGCAGAAAUGAGCGUGAUUGGCUACAAAUAUACAUAUUUGGGAGGGGAAGGGGUUAUUCUUCAAACAGUAGGAUUGGUAUGUGUAUGAAAGGUUUAAAUACUCAUGUAAUUAUGAACUGAAGUAUACGCAGUACAUAAAAUACAUUUUAAAACUGUGUUGCAUAGACAAGUCAUGUCAAUACUGUUCAAAGCUAUAUAAUACAUUGCAGGGCAGAUAAAAGGUAUUACAUUUAGCAACUGUAAUGCUUAAAAAUUUCAAGUUGGGUCUGUGUGUAUUACAGAAUGGAUAAUUUAAAAAAAAUGUUAGCCUACAAAAGAUGCUAGGAGCAUGCUUGUUAGCGGGAGACCAGAGUUUAAUUCAUAAAAUCAUCCAAAUAUGUGUUCAGGCAACUGUUGAUGAUUAAUUUCUGCUCUGUGUAAUGUUACACUGAACUGUAAUGAGAGCUGCUUGUGAAUUUUCUGUCCUGUAAUCAGCUCUAUUAAUGGAAUAUCUUUUACUUCACAUGAUUUUUUUUAGCAGAGAUUAUUAACCAUUCAUAAUAAUUGUUAUUAUUCAGGCAAGCUUGAAACCUGACCGGUUAUUGUUCAUGUAGCUAUGCUUACUGUGAGCCAGAGUGACUUGUCUAUGCCUAUUCUUCAAAUCUUGGCAGAUCUUGUCAUCCUCACCACCACGAUCAAAUGUGUCUGGUUCUGAGUGCACCACAGGUCAAGUUUAUAAACGUUUUAAACAGAAUGUUCAUUUAUAAACGUGCAAAGAAUCUCCAAUGUGCAUUAUCUUAAGUGUUUUGGAUGAGUUAUUGAGUAAUGGAUCAGUAAUCAGACCUCCAACCUCUUGAGCAUUUUUCCUGUAUAUUUGAGUGCCCUUUUUUGUAGGGUUGUAUUUUUGUUUUCUCCUUUGAAACAGAGCCAUGCCCAUGUCAAAGCAGUGACGUCAGUCACUCUGAUCAGCAGACUAUAGCAACUGCUUUCAAGAUGCCAAGCAGUAAAUGACUAGCUUUGUCUGACUCAACACGCUCAUGCUCAUCAGAUGAAAUUUUACUGUUGUAUGAAUGCUAGCCAGUGCAGUAAAUGUAAAGAAUACUGUCUGGGUGUAUUUGCAGCUCUGUGAAAGAAAUAAUGGGUUUUGAGCUGCUUGUAACGCCCCACAAACACAUCCUCUUGAUUAUAAUGCCAUUAUUUUCAUGCUCUUUUUUUCGUUCUUGAGAAAAUGAAUGCUGAUUGGUCACAGUGGGUUAUAAAAUAAAAGUCAAAUAAU